GGGCCGGGCCUGAGCGGUGCGAGGGGGCGCGGCGGCGUGGAGCCGGAGGCGGCAUUCCUUGUCGGGCCCCUUUCCAGGAAAGCGUGCCAGGAGGAGCCCGCCUCCCUCGGCUCCCCUCCUUCCUCUUCUGGGCUGGGAGCUGGAGCAAAGCGGGCGAGGAGGCGGCUCUGCCGGGUCCCGGAGAAACUCCGCGGCUCUCCUUUCCCCAAGCGCAGCCAGGCAGCCCUUCCUUCGGGAGGAGGCGCGGAGUGGGUGUCCUUCUGGAGCCCUUUCGCCGCCGCCGCCGCCGCCAUCUCCCAGCUGAAGGGCAGGAUUAUCCGUCGCAAAUGCCUUGAAAGGAGGAGGAGGCGGAGGAGGCAGAGGAGGCUGAGGGGAGGGAGCUGGCUCUGCGGCCCCAAGGAUGGUCAGUCAUGGCUUGGCUGGGUGAGCUCCAGCGCCUCUCGCUGCUCUCCUUGUUUACGGCCGCGCUGGCCGUCCUGCUCCUCUACCUGGUGCAGUAUGGCCUGAGAGCUCUGCGGAGAGAAGCAGGAGGAAGAGGAGGAAGCGAGGAGGAGGAAGAGGAAGAGAAGGCGCCGCCGCUGCUCCUGCCUCCUGGACCCCUGCGAGGCGGCUCGGAGGACUCCUUCUUCGCCUGGCUCCUGGCCCUGGACACUUGGAAGGGCGAGUGGCACAGAGCCUGGGUUGCCGCCCUCAACGAGGAAGCCCGGAGAUAUGCCAGCCGAGCACAGGACACCUGGUUGUUUACAUUUGAAGAAGAUGCAGCUACUCGCCCUUUAGAGCUUGCAGUACAGCAAGUAAUAAGUGUAGUAAAGUCUGUUGAAGAAAAGGUCGUCUCAUGUAAUGUAAUUGGAAACGCCUUUCAUUUUACUGUUAGUGUGUCUCAUACUUCAUCUGUUACUACAGAAUGUCAGUCUUACAGUGUAAAGCUGUCUCCACUUUACUUGAAGUUGCAACUUUCAAUGAGAUCGACAGAGGAAGACAUUCAGGUUAAGUGGGCCUUCAUCUACACCUCAGAAACAAGUAUUGAAGCCAAGCCUACUGAAAUCCAAGAGGAUCAGAAAGCUGGAGAACAUGCACUAUCACAAACACUCAAAGGUGUAUUGCAGAAUCUCAUCAAAGCAGCAUCUCCUUCUGUGAUUCUCAAUGCAAAACCUGCAGAUACAAAGGCAAUACAGAGCAUACAAAAUGCAGGAGCUCUGCUACAGUGCACAAGUCCUCCUAAGCCUCCAAGGGCUCAUGAUCUCAAACUUCUUGUGAAAAACAUCAGGGUGACACUGACCAAUCAGAGCACUACAGUCACGAGUAACCCAAUAUGUAUAAUUCAGCUCAAUGACCCUUUGCAGAAAUAUUCUAGCUCUGUGCUCAGCAACUCUAUGGACAUCUGUUGGAAAGAGGAGUUCAUCUUUGAAUUAAAUGCCAAAUCAAAAUACCUGCAGAUACGGAUGGUAGAAAAUGGAGAACCGGAUAGUUGCUUUUCAGCGUCGGCUACUGUACCUUUGGAUUUGUUCAGGAAACAGCCGUCUGGACACAGAAGUUUUGUACUGAACAGUCCGCUCACUGGCAGUAGUUCUGUAGUAGGAUCUGUCUUUGCAGAGUUCUCAUAUAUUGAACCAUUAGAGACUAGAUCUUUGCAAUCUUCUGCCAAACUUCUUGUUGCGAAAGUAGAGAAGGACCGAACUGUGAUGCCCUGUGGGACUGUGGUCACUACUGUUACUGCUGUGAAAGCCAAACCUUUGAUAGAUGGCAAACCCUCUGUGCUGCAUUCAGAUUCACCAAUUCGAAGUCCUGUUAAAAUGAAGGUGAUUGAGAAGGAUUUAUCUAUUCAAGCUAUCAGUUGUCGGAAAGCUUCAGUAAGCAAGGCUUUAUCUUCAUCAGAUACAGAGUUACUGGUGUUGAACGGCACAGAUCCUGUUGCUGAAGUAGCCAUUCGACAACUAAGUGAAGCUGCAAAGCAAAAGCUGAAGUCUCCCAGGAAAAAGAGCACGAUUAUAAUAUCAGGAGUAUCAAAGACUAAUUUAUCUCAGGAUAGUGAAGCUGCACUUAUGUUGGACUAUGCAGCAGCCAUGGAUGGCUCAUAUAAACAAGUCAUGACUUCCAGCAGUGGUGAAGGAUCACCUGCACAGUCCCUUUCGGGAGAAAAACUGUCAUUAUCUGCAUCCCAAACAAUCCCUGCCCAUGAAGGACCCCAGGAAAACAGCCAUGACGAUUGGACCUUAGAUGACAUCAGCCAGCCAUGGCAAAGCAAUGCACUACUAGACCAAGACUGUGAUAAGAUGUCUGGGAGCUCUGUAAGCAUCUCAGAAUCUGGAACUAUGAAGAAAUCCAAAGGUGGAAUAUUAAAAAAGAGUGCAAAGUUAUUCUUCCUCCGCCGGCACCAUCAAAAAGACCCAGGAAUGAGCCAGUCACAUAAUGACCUUAUCUACCUACAACAGCCCUCACCUGAUGGUACCCGAAAAAAGGGAGGAACCCUAACACGCCUCCUGAACAAGAAAAUUAUCUUCAAGAGCAAGAGCAAAAGUAAACUGAAUGGAACAUCAGUUGAACCAUAUGCAUAAUGCCUAUUACACGCCAAAUUAUACAGCCUCCCUGUUUACAGAAACAUAGACCUGUAUGCUUACUGAGGUUGACUAAUUUUAUGGUCAACGGAAGACAUUGGAAAACAAAAGCAAGGACAUGAAAUUGGUGGAAGAAAGCUGAUAGAAAUUUUAAUGUGCCGCAAAUAAAACUUCAGUCCCUUCCAAACUUCAUUGGAAACGAGCACAUUGAAAUCAGUGGGCCUUAGUCUGUAAAACAGUACUAUUUUUUUUAAAAAAAAAUCAGGUUUCAAUAUGGAACUGAACAUUGAUGACCAGGGAGUUAUAGUGGACAACUGUCUGCAUGAAUGUAUGUAUGUUAACAGUGGCAUACCAUGGUUGCAUUUUAAAGAAAUAUAAUAUAGUGGAGAGUAGGAAUACAGAUUAAACAGGGUUUUGUGUUGUGAAGAUAAAAGUGACGAGACCAGGAAAUCCUAAUUUAGAUGAUUUGAAUUACAAAAUAGUACAUUUACAGUGCAAUCCUAUAUGUUUACUUAGCAGCAAAUACUGCUUAUGUUUAGUGGGGCUUACUCUCAGGUAGGAAUGCAUAGGAUUGCAGCCUUAAAAUAUUUCAGGACAGGGAAAUGAAAUGCUGAUGCAGUAGCCCUGAUAUACUUAUUGCUAAAUUGCUGUAUUACUGUGGCUUGCUUUUCAUAGAUAAUAACCAUAAAGAUUGACAACAUGCACAGUUACAUAUGAAUAUAAUUUUUAUACUCUGUGCAUGUACCAUGAAGAGCAUCCCCUUAGUCUGCUCACAGACUAUUUACCAGUCCAUGUUCUUUUUUCCAUUAAUAGAUUACAUUAGCAAUAUUGCCCCAAUCCUGGGGAGGCUUCAAUUUAUUAGACAGAUGUAUGCUGUCUCAUGGAAGGAAGGAUAACAUUAAGUAGAGAUGUGUAGUCUCUUCCAGGCAUUUCUUUCUCUGCUACAUUUUGGAACUAACUAGGUCAAGGGAAGUGUGAAUUCAUGUUCUGAACUGUUUGCUUCUUAAAUACUAAGGAGUGGCAAGUUGUGCUUGCCCGUUUCGUUGUUACCGGGUAAAGAAAAUACAUAUAACUAUUUUAUAUAUUCUUAAUAUAUACAUGCAUUUCUUAUUUAAAUUGCAAACGUUAUCAAGAUUCGUUGGAGAUUUAUUCUGAUCGACUUGGCUUCAUUGUGAACUGUAAAAUCCAAGUCUCCUAGUAUAAUCAGCCAACACCAGGUACCAAUACGAUCACUGCAUUUUGGCCAGUAAAUAAAGAAAUAUCAUUAGUUUAAGUAAUGAUAUCUCUGGUAUAGUCAUUUACAUAAGCUAUAAUGGUGUUGGUGUUGGAUUCAAGCUUCUGAUGUGUCCAAUAUGCAAGAAGAAGGCUACUGAAAAGGAAGCAACAGUUGUCACUACACUUGGAAAGUUCUGGUUUCUCUUGCCAAAUCCUAUUGUAGUCUGAUCUAUAGAAAAUUAAUUUCCUCAUGAAAUACUACCUUUUUGUAAUAAACACUAUGAUUGUGAUCCUAGAUUAAUUUCUUUAGAAAAGAAGGGAUGGGAAUCAUGGGAGAAUCUGGAUGUUAUUGGGUUGCAAUACCCAGCAGCUUUAUCAGCGCAGGCAAUGAUGAGAAGUUCUGGACGUUAUAUUCAGCAGAGCUCAAGGGAUAUACGAUUCCUGUUCUUUUUCUAGAAAUGACUCAGGCAAGUCACAUAUUCUGAGCCGCAGACAACCCCACAAUAAGGGCCACUAUAAAUCAGAAAUGACUUGAAGACACACAACAAAAGGCCUAAUGUAAUCAUUGCUCCUAUAUAAAUAAGAGGGCAGGGGACUUGUGCCCCUCCAAAUGUCAUUGGACUGCAACUUCCAUUAAUCUUAGUUGCAUUCUAGUAACUUCUGGAGGACAAUUUGCUCCCCCUUAUCUCUUGGCUUUAAUUUUAUUGUAUAGCUUGAUGGCAUAUAAAUGGAUUGAAAUGCAAAACUGUAUAAAAAGGACUUGCUGCUCUUACAGAUACUUGAAAAUAUUUAAAAACUUGUUUGAAAGUCUUAAAGCUGUUUCAUUGAAUAUAAAAAAAUUCCAAAGAUA